GUCUCCCAACGAGCCUUUUGUGGCACAGAACGCGCGCUCCUCGUCGAGAAGUUGGCCAAAACGCAAAAACGGCAGCGCGUCGGGAGGCGGCUGGCGCAGGAGGCGGUGGGCGAGGCUGGUUUGGUGGCACGCGCAAUUCGCAAUCCUUAAAGUAAAAAUGAAUUAGAAAUUGUGCGCGCUUCGUUGUUACAUAAACGCAACCCAUACACGCACACACGUGAAAUUGCCCAAAAAUCGCGUCCUGCGAGAGUGAAAUUAUCCUGGCCAAGUUGUUGUUCCGCCGAGUUCGCUGUGGUCGUGCUGAUGGUGCUCCCGUAUAUUAUCCAAUCGAAUAAUCAAAUCAAAACUCAUUACAAUAAAAGCAGCAAGGCGGGCGCGAGAAAGAAAUUAGUGCAAUUCAAUUAAGGCAAUAAGGCCAAUUAAGUUAUUAAACGAAUUAACAAAAUACACGACAAAAACCGAAAGCCGAAAAAGUGCAAAAAUGUUUGGCUGCAUUUAUCAGCUGUGGGACUGGUUGGAGGCGCCGCCCCUCUUCACCGCCGGCACCAUGGACGCAAAGAAGCUGCAGCAGCUGCAGGAGGCAGCGAUCCUGGCGCAGCAGCAGAAGAAGCUGCCGCUGGCCUACCAGACGAAUCUCGUGGACUACCGAACGGCGGCCUACAGUCAGGCAUUGUACCAGCAAUCGCCCACGGCCACCAGUUCCAGCGGCGGCGGACCCCUGUCGCCGAUUGACAUGCAGCCGCAGUCCAAGCACCACAAUCUGAUGAAGCACGGCGGCGGAACAUCGAGCAGUUCGCACAGCUCCCCCUACCAUCAGUCCUACUCCAGUAGCGGGGGCACUGCGGCCGGGGAGCAGCUGUAUCAAUCGCCCACGGAGCGAACCUACCUGGCGGCAGCCGGAAGAUUGCAGGCCAGCAAUGCCAUGGCCGGUCAUCAUCCCAUUUCGGCACUGCAAUCGCAGUAUCAGCAGCUGCAGGCGGCCAAGAUGCAGGCCCAGAUGGCCACCCAAAGCGAGGCCGCCCAGCAGCAGCAGCGGACAUUUGCCAUGCGACAGGCCAUGAACCCGCCCACAAAUCACUACCACAUGAGCCAGUCGUCUAGCAUGGUCUCCACCAUGACUGCUCUCAAUCAGCAGCAGCAACAACAGCAGCAGCAGCAGCAACAGCAACAGCAACAGCGGGCUCCUCCCUCUUCGCUUAAUUUGCAAAAUCAAUAUCAACCUGCUCAGGGUCCUCUGAAGUUGCAACAGCAGCAGCAGCAGUCGCAGCAACCUGCAAUGCCCAAACACUACCAGGAGCAACUGUACGCCCAGCAGCAGCAGCUGCAACAGCAGUUGCAACAGCAGCAAUUGCAGCAACAACAGCAGCAACAGCAGCAGCAGCAGCAUCGACACAAAAACGACCUGCAAACACCGGGCAGUGAGCACGGCACCGUUUACAUCCAGCAAAACCAUCCCAACCAUGUGGUGAACCAAGCCUGCCAGACCCAAAUAUCAGCGGUCAAGCCCAAGGCCACGCCCAGUUCGGAGGAGUCAUCGUCGAACUCGGCCAAAAGUCCCAGCCAUGCUCCGCUGGAUCGCAAGAAGAGUGCCGGUUCCAUACAGGCUCUCAAGUCACCCAUUACCAAGAGACCACCCUCCACACCGGUGACCCUGUCGGGUUGGCUGCACAAACAGGGCUCCGAUGGCCUGAAAGUAUGGCGCAAACGUUGGUUCGUCCUGGCCGAGUACUGUCUCUACUACUACAAGGGACCCGAGGAGGAGAAGCUGCUGGGGUCCGUGCUGCUGCCCUCUUAUCGCGUAUCCGCCUGUUUGCCCGAGGACAAGAUCUAUCGCAAGUUUGCCUUCAAGUGCGAGCAUCAGAAUAUGCGAACCUAUUGGCUCGCGGCCGAUAACUCGGAGGCCAUGAUGCAGUGGGUGAGGGCACUGGCGGCGGCCAGCUUGAUGCAGGCACCCAGCAGCGGGGAAUCGGAGCCAAGUGUGAACUCGUCGCUGAAUCACAGUGGCGAAAACUCCGAUUCCGGCAUUCACACAUUGCAAUCGCACCCUGGCAAAGGGCAGCCAACACCAUCGUCGGAAAAUACGGGCAGCAGUGGAGGAGGCAGCGGGAGUGGACAACCCCUCUAUGCAAAUGCACCACCCAAGCCGAGACGCAUUAACGAUGGGGGCUACUCAUCACCAUCACCCGAGCACAACGAACAGCAGCAGCAGCAGCAACAUCCUAGUCGCCGUCUCAUGUCGCCCACCCAGCAAUUGUACCAGCAACAGCAGCAACACCAACGAUCUCAGCAGCAACAGCAGCAGCAACCGCAGCAACAUCACGCCAUCUAUGACACUCGAACUGGACAUGUGUCCACCGCCUUGCAGUUGCAGCAGGCGCAGCAGCAGUACUCCCUGGACCAUCUGGAGGCGCAGUUCCAGCAGCAGCAACUGGACAUGGAGGAGCAGAUUGCGCGCCUGCAGCAGCAACGAGCCGCCGAGGAGAUCUACGGCGAGCGCGAGAUGUACAUGGCCAAGUUGAUGCAGCAGCGACAAGGCCCCAAUGGGGCAUAUCCCACCCAGCAGCAGUUGCUGCAGGCGGAGCGCAGGACACCCGAUGCCUAUGGGCGCUCCAAGCAGCAGCGGCUCUUUGCCGCCGCAGCAGCUGCAGCAGACUACGAGGACAUCUACAACAUGUCGCAACUGGCAGCAGGCGGCGGAGUUCCCAUGUCCGCCCAGGAGGCACUUCUCCAGGAGGCGGCUAGCUACCGCAGACCAUUGAGUCCGCCCAGCUACGAUGGCAGCAAGCAUGUGCCCGCGAUGCCGCAGCGCUACACGCCCAAUCAUUUGGAGGCCAGUGCCGCCGAUCAACUAAUCAAUACCAUGGACUUGCGUGCCCGCACAGCGGCGGCCAUAGUGCGUCCCCAUUCGGCGGAUUUCUUGGAGUAUGAGGCGCGUGCCGAGGCAGCUGCAGCCGCAGCGGCCGCGGCGGUGGCCCAAAGUCAGCAGGAGAGCGGCAGGGCGCCAAGGCCCAAGUCCAGUUUGGACAUCAAUCGCACGCCUGACAGCUUCUACUACUCGGAGGCCAGCUAUGCGGACAAGAUGCGGAAGAGCGCGCUGUAUCUGCAGAGCGGAGGAGCUGGUGCGGCACAGCCGCAGCAACCGGGCAGCUAUCGCACCACGGCGGCAGAUUUCAACUCUGGAGUGAACACGAUUGGCUAUGAGAAUCCCUACGAGAGGGCCUACAAGCGGCAGGAACUUCUGGCCGAGGCGCAGGGUGGAGGGGCCAGCAGCAUGCCGCGGAUGAGCCGAUCCGCCAGUCAGGGCCGCUCGGUGGCCUCCCAGCUGCAGUCGCCGCAGCAAGAGGAUCUGCCGCCACUGAAUGUUCAUCCGGGCUCCAUUUUCCCGCCCUCGAUGUCCACCCAGGAGAUCAUUAGCAAGAACGAGCAGUUCCUGAGAUCCGCUAGCGCACGUCUGCCCAAAAGAUUGGGUGGAAUGGACGAUGACUAUUCGGCUGGCAAUUCCACGACCACAUCGCCCACGGGUGGAGCAGGUGCCUCCAACUCGCCGCAGCACAAUCUGGAUGGCGAACGGAAACGGGAGGAGUCCAUGAAGCGUCUGCUGGAGUGGAAACAACGCAUGCUGCAGUCACCUCUGACCCGCAAAGGCAUUCAACAGGGCGGAAGCAACAUGUCCGCCAUGUCCAAGUUGGGCAGCAAUCCAAACAUCCUGCUGGCAUCCACGGCGGUAGCCAGCGGAGCACGCUAUGCACCCCAGGCGGGAAAAACGGGAUUGGUGGGCAAUGGAAAUGGCACUGCUCAGGGAGCUGGAAAUCCACCAUCAGCAUCGGGCAUUCAGCGAUCACGAUCCGAGAGCCAGGCUAACAUGGGGCCCGGGGGAGUGGUGUACAACAACUACUCCUCGGAUGAUGAGGCUGGGACUGUGGAUGAUAACUUGUAUAGUGCGACGGCAGGAAGGUCAUCGUCAAAAACAACAACUAAAGCAACGACAUCACAGGCAAUAGUGGCAACAACAACAGCAGCGUUAGCAAUAACAAAUCUUGGUAGUAGCAAAAAUCUAGACACUUCCAACCAAACAGAAACAGAAACAGAGACAACACCAACGUCAUUAUCAGCACCAGCAUCAUCCAAAGCGAAAUUCCAUCUAAAGCCCAUUUUGAAAGUGCACGAGGCCAGCAAAACCCGCAUUAUUCAGGUGCAACCCAAACAUCUGGAAGAGCGGCCAAAGCUCAGAUUGCAAUUGCCCAAGGUGAUGGGAAAUGAGGAGCAGCAGGAGCCACAGGAGAAACGGGAUGAGGAGCAGGAGAGUGCUGAGGCUGAGCCUGUUCCCAUUCUGCCAAAGAAAACAGCACCCAAGUCGCCUCAGAAUGCCAAUUAUGUGCCUGUGUACAACAAUAAGCUGGUUAGCAACUACGAGAAUAUGGAGUUUGGCAAGCCAAUCCCCGAAAGCAAAAUCCCUCACAGCAAUGCAGCCAUUACCGAUCCCGAGGAGACACCCAUGCUAAUGCAACUGAAGCUGUUCAAGGAACAGCAGGAGCAGCAGAAGCAACAACAGGAAAACGAGGAGGACCUGACACCCACAGCGGAAAGUAAACCCAUUCUAGGGGAGGAGGAAAUCGAGGGUCCAAAGGAAAUAGAAGACCAGAAAUUAGAAUCACACGAGGAGGAGCAUGAGGAGGAGGGGGAUGGGGAUGAGGAUGAGGAUGACGAUGAGAGCACGGCUUGCGAAGAGUAUACAGAUGAUGAUAUAGAUGAAGCCCUGGCUCAGGAUGAUGAGGAUGAAGCUGUCGUCGAGGCAGCAGAGUCCCAGGAACUUGCAGAGGAGCGGGAACUGCAGCAGAUAUAUGUAAACGAGCCCAUCACACCCACGGACCAGCAAUUCGACGAGAGUCACUAUCUGCCCAUGACGCCCAAGAAAGUGGAACUGGGUCAGCCGGGUGUCCUGACCUUAGUUUCCACGACGUUUGCCGAGGAGGAAGAGGAGAAUCACUAUGUCGAGAUGACUAAGUGCAUACAGGACGAGGAUAGCAGAAGCAACUACGAGAUAAUGUGUCUGGCCAGCACCAGUUCGAGUGCCUUUAAGGUGACCACCAAAACGGAGCCUGUCUACAUGGAACUGGCAGGGGUUAAAGCACCAUCUGCAGCGCCAGCCACCGAGGAUGCCCACUGCUCCUCGGGCCGUUCCACAUUAAAGAAGGGUAAGAAAUCGGGCACUGAAACCUUGAAAAAGAAGACCAAAAAGCGACAGGGAAAGGACAUGCCCGAUAUCCUUAAGCCUGCCAAGAGUGCCCUGGCCUUGGCCAGCGAUAGUUCGGAUGCGGAUGACGAGAGUAGCCGGCAGCAGCUGGAGGCCAAGAAACUGCGCUCCAGAUCACGUUUCAGUUUGUCGGAUACAUUCAGGCCAGCUUCAUACUACUUAGGAGCCUCAACGCCCCUCAACAAUUAUGCAGAGAGUUCGGAUAGUGAGAUAUUACCACCACCCCCCAUUCCCGCUUCACCACCGCCCAUGGAGGAGCUGAAGACGGAGGAGAUCUUCUCCUCCGAGCACUAUGAUACCGUGAAGAGAAAAGACAGCAAUGGUAAAGUCAAUCUAUCGUACGAGCAAUUGCCCAAGAUGCAUGCCAGCAAUACUUCCCUGAAUCUGCCGAAAGCUGUUCCCAGUCCUACUCUGAAAAGUAGUCGCCUCUCUUUACCUGACCAUUUCACCAAGGUGCGAAUGACUCCGCAGAGAUUAUUGGUGCCAGCCACACCGCCCCAACAACAUCACGCCAGGACAUUAUCCGAUUCUAAUUAUAGUUGCCACCUGACCGAUACAAGUUCCCGUACAUCCUCGGAUUUGGAUCUAUAUCGCAGGAGGGGCCAACAACAGAGGUGUACCAGCAAUAAUUCCCUGCCCUUAAGCAGUGAAAAUGAGUCCGUGGAAUUCCGCCAGAGGUCGGACUCCGAGUUGGAUCGCCAGCGUUCAAGGAGACCGCUGUCCCAAGAGUCCAUUAGUGAGAUUGAGUCGCUGAGCGAACAGUUCGAGGAAACCCUGAGUAGUCAUGAAUUGGACACCUACCUGAGUCAUUUGCACCUGUCCACCGGUCAGGCCACGCCCACCAGUAACCUGCUGAAUGAUGCCAACGCAGCAGCCGGAGCCGAUAUCCUGACCAAUCUUAUCAAGCCACCGAAAACAUUCCGGAAUGCCGAGGACGAGGAGCAGCAUUUCUAUGGUAACAUACACUUUCUCUCCUCAACGGAUUCAAUUCAGCAGUUGGGCGAAGCUGGAGCGACAGCUCUACGGAUUAUCCACAGUCGCAAUAACAGCAAUAUAUCCACCCAGUCGGCUCCUUAUUACUAUUCGGAGCUGCCGGCACCGCCGCCCUUGAACAAUCAGCGGGAUAUCCAUGCCCACGGGCUAAACAUAGCCCACAUACACAACCCCAUCGAUCGGCAUCAGUUCAAUGUGGACGCCCUGGUGGACAAGGAUCAGGCCAUAGAUAGCAGAAACAUUUACUGUGGGCAGAAGGAUAACAACGAGAAGCUGAGCAACAAGGACCUCAAGCUAAACAAAUCCGUGGACCUGCCGACGGAGAUGGAGGGCAGUGGUAGCAGUGGUGGUGCACUAAAUCCGGUGGUCCAUUCAUAUCUCACAACUACUAAAAACACAAAUCUCGCUCGUAAAACGAUUGGUGGUAGCAAUCCGUCGGAUGAUGGCAAUCCUAACGAAGAUGGUGCUGGUGAAAAUUCGGAGGAGGCUGGCAAGACCCCGUCGAGUAAUGUCCAUACCAACCUCUCAGUUCUAGGUGGCGAGCUGCUCUGGGAGGAGGAUGCUCUGUGGCGGGAGAGUUUGCGCCGCGUGUCCCAGCGGCAUGCCAGAUCUCUGGACGAUCUGGACAGGAUAACGGCGGCUCCGCCAGUUUCUAGUACGCCCAAGGCAAAGCUGAGCCGCGAGGUGACCUAUGUGAAUGACAGCCUGAAGCCGCGCCAGCAUCAGCAGUUAACCAACGAGCACGAUGUCUACGUGCAACUGAUGGACACUACGUCAUCCUCACACGACCAGGACCAAACGGAUUCCGAUGUCUACGAGGUCCUGCGAGAGGAGACCGCCUCGAAUUUGUCACACAAAUCAAACGAACUAGAUCGCGAGACCAUCCGACAGUGGGAUGCCAUGUCCAGUGGCCUAAUGAAGAGCCACCACAGCGGUGUGGAGACCACGGGACCAGGCUCUGCCCACCUGCCCCUCACCAGCAGUGUGCGCUCCAUCGUCCAGCAGUUGAACAAUAGUUCCAUGGAUGACGCCAAUGGCAAUCCCAUGGCGACGACCUCGAUUUCCGUGCGCAAUGUGAACAAUCUGCCAGUGGGAAAUCUGACGGUGAAGCCGGAUCCCUCGGAUGUCCAUCAGGAGUCCGCCUUUGCUCCUUACUAUGGUGGAGCGGCGGAGACUAAGUACGCCAAGAACACGGUGCUCACGGAUCGCGGUCUGUAUGCCGGAAACGGAUCUGGACUGGCCACAUCAACGCCCCAAAAUCAUCAGCAGUUCCGGAUGCGGCGCACCGGAAGUAGGGCGGAAAUCGAUAUGCUGGAGCGCGAGACAAGCAGCCAGAUCAGGAAUCGUCUGCGAAGUGCCGAGGGUUUGACCAGAGCCGAAAGUAUCCAGCGAUUGGACUACUUAAAGCAGCACCUCUUGGACCUGGAGCGGCAUUACGAGAAGAGCAAGCCGCUGGUCAAUUUGGUGGACAACAUGGUCAAGUUGGGCUCGCUGUAUCGCAAUGAUGCCAAUGGCAGGGUCCAACCAGCAACUUUGGAUCGCCUGGAGUUCAAUCAGCGGAUGCAAGAGCAGCAAAUGCUGCAAGAGGAGCAGCAGCAGUGGGAGCGUCUCAGUCCCAAUCAGGCAGAGUUGCAGGCCAAGGUGCGUGAGCUCUACCAACUGGAUCAGCUGCUGCAGGAGGAGUCAGGCACUUUGCAAAGUUUGCAGCGGGACAAGGAGGACCUCGAGCGAGCCUUGGGGGGAUUAAGGGCUCGCAUCCACGACAGCAAUGCCACGCCCAUGGCCCUGGAGGCGGCCAAGAAGCAGCAGCACAUCCUGGAGCGCGAGUUGUCGCGGGUUCAUCAGCUUCUGGCCGAGAACUCUAAGAAACUGGAACAGACAGUGGCGGGAAAUGCUCGUCUGGAGCAGGAGUUACUCCUCCUCCGACAGAAGGUACAGGCCACUCGAGGAUCCACCGCCAAUGGAAUUAACGGUGAUGGCUCGCACAUCAAUGGUGACCAAACUGCCGCCGUUUUAGCCUCGGAAUUGGAGCGAGUGCAGUCCCUGGUGGGCGAUAUGCAACGACAACGUCACGAACUCAGCUCCGCAGUUCGCCAGCUGACAGAGAACUCGACCAGGUUGUACCAGGAGAUUGGCAACAAGGAGAUGAACGGCGGCGGCUCCACCAAUGGCAGCCUGAAGAAACGAAGCAACUCUACUAGUUGGACGGAGACCGAUUUGGAUGCCAAUAUGCUGCGAUGCGGAUCCCGUCAGCAGUUGAACGAUUCCACUUUGAACCUAUCCACUCCCCUCUAUGUGGACACAAAUAGUUCGACCAAGCUGAGUGACUACAAUCGAUACAACGGCAGUAGUGAUGCCAUUGAGAUGAGUGGAGUGGACAGUGACGGUUUCCUGGACAGCAAUCCAUUCGCAAUUGGCUUGGAGAAGCCGGAGAUUAAGACAGUGAGGAUUGUGAAGCGAGAAUCCGAACGUCGCAAUCGCGAUCGCAGUGAAAGGGGUCUUAGCAACUCCAUUCAGAAUCUGGACCAGGUCCUGGAGGAGGAGCAAUAUGCCCAACAGCAGAGGGACCAGCAGCUGUACGCUCAAAACUUGGAGGAACAGAUGACUAACGGUCACCACAGUCGGUCCAAGUCACUGCCCCGAAACUACAGUGAGCCCCCGAAACAACGACACAGUCGACAUCUAAAUGGUGGCAAGCAGAAUGGUCACCACUAUAAUGGUGGCUACGAUUAUGAUCGGAACAGCAACUACGAGCAUCAGCCGCCGCCACCACCGGCCCCACAGAGCAAUGGACACCACCACAAUCAUUCACAAAGGGAGCAGCGGGAGCACCUCAACCCACUGGCCAAUGCCUACUUCGCCAAGCAGCUCCAGCAGCAGGCGAAUCCCUCAAGAGACAGUGCCCGUGUGGCCCUGCGGACCAAGACCGACUCCAUGCAGAGCCUCAACAAGAGCCUCACCGACAUCAGUCCGGAGCCAGUGUUCCAGAGCGUGGCUGCCCGCCAGAUCAUCAACGAAAUGUCCGCCGGUUCGGCAUCGGAGGACACCGAGAAGGUGGUGGAGAAGGUGCCACCGCACCACAAACAUCGCAGAGCGGUUCCUAGGGAAAAGAGGCGGCACUACACUGCCCCAAACAAUGUCAAUCAGAAAGCCAUGGAAAAGGUGCAGGCCGAGAACGAUAUGAAUCGAAAUAACACCAACUGGCGAGCUCGCGAUGAUUUGGACAUGGAGGUGGCUCUGAGACCACGAAUGAAUGCUCCUGAUGUGGUUCGCUCGGCUUUGGGACAGGGAGAAAAGAUAUCCGAGAAUACCAUAGAUAACUUGCUGCUGGCACCAAACAAAAUAGUCAUACCCGAGCGUUACAUACCGGAAACAACGCCCGAACUGUCGCCGGAGGAAAAGAAGCGUCGACAGGAGAAGGUCGAGUCCAUUAAGAAAAUGCUGGCUGAGGCGCCCAUUAGCAGCAAUGAGAACGAGAGCCUGCCCCCGAGCAAAAUCAACGCCGAAAAGAAGCAGCGCGAGCACCUGCUGCAGCUCAACCAAAUCCUGGCACAACAGGUGAUGCAGGUCAGCAAGAUCGUGGCCGGAAAUCCCACUAGUCACAACUAAUUCGCAAGUAGCCGUCGAGUUGUUUCUGUUCACCUUUUGUGUUUUACAUACCUAUGCAUUGCAUUUAAUUUUUGUUCACGUUGUGUUUUUUGCAAAUCUAAGAGGGUUCGCAUAGCGAUACGCGAUAAAUGAGUUUGUUGUUCGAAACAUACCAAACAUAUAUGUAUAUGCAUACCUAGUACGAUACACCUAACUAUACAGAAACUACAGCAAAUAACAGCAAACAAGAACACACGCGAAGUUGAGAUUACAGCAUGCUAAACUCACAUAAAAAACUCACCCAAAUCAAACGCAACAAUUCACAACAAAAAUACUAAAAAAUACAGAAAAAAUAAAAAAAAACGACAACAAGAAUAAACAGCAACGCAAUAGCAACAAGAACAAGUACAACAACAAGCACAAGAACAACAACAGAUAUACGAUUACGUAAGUCCAGGUUUGUACACAUUUCGAAUUUACCAUAAUCAUAAAUAAACAGUAAUCGAGUAGCUUCCAGGCAAUAUGUAAUCACGCCCAAAACUCUGCUUAGCCUAGAUAUAAAAUAUAUUGGCCAAAUAAUUAACCUGCACGCCAUAAAUAUAAUUGUAAACAAUAUAAGCUCUAAAUGAAAAAUGCACUCUUACACUAACCCACUAAUCCACAAACACGCAAACUUACCAAACACUCAAAAUUUCACUAAAAAUAGCUAAUCACCAAACUGAGCACGGAUUUCAAUUAUUUCAACAAAGCGCAACUACAUUGGAAAAUAAGGAAUAACAAGAUUUUAAAUUAAAACGUAUUAAAUUAUAGAAAUAAUAGGAAUAUUAUAAAAAAAAAUUUUAUUAAGAAACGAAACGUUCAAUUAUAAAAAUGUACAAUUUUUUCAUAUCGAAACUUCAAAAAACUAAUAUGAGAAUUAAACUCAUAUUAACUAGAAAUUUGAACCAUUUCGUUCGCAGUGUCUUUUAAAGUUAGUAAAAGAUUGUCGAAAAGUGUUCAAUACAUUUUUGGUAGUAAUUGUCGCAAAAUAUUAAAUUUAAGAAAGAUGCUUAAAGUUUUAAGAAUUGUUUGCCAAAGUUUGAAAUUAAUUUUAAAUGCAAACGGCUAAGUUUCCAAACUAAAUUUUUGCACUGCCUAACAUGCGUAUAAAAGUUGCCAAUAAGGGCCAAGAAGCGAUAAAUCGAGUAAGUAUAAGCUCAAAGCACCCAGAAAACAGCUUAGACAGGAGUAGCAGACAACACACACUACCAAACAACAAAGUUCCGAGAAAAGGACACAAAUCCAACACACACGAUAUAUACUUCCAAAUGGUUAUCGGUGUACUCUUUUCUAUACUCAAACUUUUACAGCACGCUUGGGAAGGUUUUUGGUCUAAGAAAAUGUAUAAGUCUAACUUGGUGUACUAACUCUUUGACUUUUAUUUCGACCCACAGAGAAAGCCAUGUCCAAGGCGGCCGAAAGAUCAAACCAAGAGGACGAAAACCGUUCGGAGUCACCAAGUGAAGCACUGCCGAUUUUCCAGCAACGCGACAACUUCUACAGCUAAACACGAUCGACAACACGUCAACUAAUUAAAUAACUCCGAUUAGCGAAUUAUACUAUUCAGGCACAAUAUCCGCUGCAUUUAUCUUGAAAAUCAAAUUAGGAAAUUUGCUAACAAUUUUAACCGAAAAACGUAUCAAUUCUUAAAUGUGACUGAGUUUUUUGGGGCGCGUUAUACGAAAGAUCGAAAGUCAGAGGGUGGGGACAAAAAGAAAGAAACGAAUUUUUGCGAGACGAUUGUUAUUGCGUAAAAGAUACUAAGCAUAUUAUUAUAUAUAUACAACAUAUACAAUAUGGAAAUCAAAGAUUCAACAUAUCACUGUAAGCGUGUUACAAGUCAUUUAAACGAUAUCAAUUACACACAAUUAGCGAGCGUUCUUGAACUGUAGAAAAUUCGAUUUGGGUAUAGGGUCAGCAAUUACAUAUGUGCGAUUUAAAUCGGAGUUGAGGCGAAUCAAAUACGUUCCUGAAGGGCUUACAAAGUAGAACACUAGAGGAGUAGAGGAAAGUGGCAGGUCAAAACUCAUUCACGACAACUAAUACAAUAACUUCAAAGACUUUUGAAACGGACUUUUCGAGAGUAGCGCAUUUUCUCUACAAAUGAACAAACAAAAAACAAACAACCAGAAAGCAGUUACAUUGUUUGAACCACUUUUGGAGCCAAUAUUAUCGCAUUUGAUAUGAACAAGUUUUUAAGAUCAACAGCAGUGGCAUCAAAGUUAGGUUAGUUAACAUCAUACCUAUAGGGCAGAAACUCUGGAAUGAGAAAACUAUGAGAAUCCGACAGAACGCACAGCGCACUCAAUGCACUUCGAACCUUCGCAGCAUUUUCCCAAACGUACCUAUCACAAUUACAAGUAAUGGACUAAUAUGAAUAUACAACUGAGGAAAUAUAAUUGAAUUGUAUUGAAAGAAAAACAUAUAAAAGGCAACGCUGAAUUACGACAUGCAUAUAUUAAUUUAAAGCUAUACAUAUUUAAACGAGCAUAAUGCUAUCAAUAUACACAAACGUACACUUAAUUAUUUAAAUGUAGGUCAAUUAGCCAGGCAAUUAAAAGUAAAGCGGUUAAAAUCAAAUAUUUGAUCAUGUUGAUGAAUGUUUUUAAAAAUGAAAUUGCAAUACAAGUCAAUGGAUAAAAUUAUACGCAAUCGCUGGUUGAAUUUAAUGUCUAUGAAAACUUCAAAAGUUAUUGAAAAUUCGCAUAGCUCUAUUCACCAUUAUACAUAUUAAUAAUAAUCAUACUAAUCCGAAAGAACAACGACGUAAAAAAUGUUAAUAGAGAGGAUAAUCUAGACGAAAACGAUCCCUGCAAAAUUGUACAAAAUUAAAUUUUAAGUUCUUAGCUCUUAGUUGUUAUUAUCUAUUUGCUACGUAUGGUUUAAAGUUCUUUUUAUCAUUAUUGCUAAGUUCCCAAUGAUUCCACACAAGUUGUUUGUACAUUUCGCGGUGCUAUAUGGAUGUGUAUAUGUAAAUUAUUUGCUCUCAAGUUUUCUCCUAAGUUUGCGCACCCACAAAAGAAGUUAAGCAAAGUCAAAGUAUAUAUAUAUAUAUAUAUAUACAGAUAUAUAGAUACUGUCAGAUAUGUAGAAUGUCGGCUUAAAAUUGCUACUGCACCAGGCAUACAGGCACGCAUACAUCCCAGAAACCGAAAGUGGAGGGAAAAACAUUAUAUAACAAGAACACACUCAACAAAUAUUUAUUGCAUAUAUAUAUAGAUAUACAUAAACAUAUACAUACAUACAAACUGUACGUCAUAAUAUGAUAAGAGUUGAAGACGAUAAACUGCGACCGAGAAAUGUUAUCAAUAAAGAUUAUAGUUGAAAAUUCAA